AUGUCUGUCUUCUCAGGGUUUCCUGCUUCCCCACCAGAUGCUAUCCUGAAUCUCACGGUACUCUACAACGCCGAUACCAACCCGAAAAAGGUGAACCUGGGGGUUGGCGCGUAUCGUGACGAGAGCGGUAAACCAUGGAUUCUGCCGGCCGUGAAGGAGGCAGAGGCCAUUAUAUCUUCCGAUCUUUCGAAGUAUAAUAAGGAGUAUCCUCCAGUCGCCGGAUUUCCUCUGUUUCUGGAGGCCGCCCAGUUCCUGAUGUUCGGCAAGGACAGCAAGGCAGCCCAGGAGGGUCGCAUUGCUAGCUGCCAGUCUCUCUCUGGCACCGGCUCUCUCCACAUCGGGUUUGAGUUCCUGCACCUCUGGAUGCCAAAGGCAGAGUUUUACAUGCCGAGCACAACGUGGCCCAACCACUACGGAAUAUACGAUAAGGUGUUCAACAAAUUGAAGGUGCCAUACAAGGAGUAUACGUAUCUUCGUAAAGACGGAGAGCUUGAGAUAGACUUUUCCAACACGAAGAAGGACAUCCAGUCGGCUCCAGAGAAAAGCAUAUUCCUGUUCCACGCCUGUGCCCACAACCCGUCUGGGAUCGACUUCACUGAGGCUCAGUGGAAGGAGCUCCUUCCGAUCAUGAAGGAGAAGAAGCACAUUGCCUUUUUCGAUUCAGCAUACCAGGGCUUUGCUACGGGCUCCUUUGAGGCCGACGCCUUCGCUGUGCGCAUGUUUGUCGAUGCGGGGGUAGAGGUCCUUGUCGCCCAGAGCUUCUCCAAGAACUUCGGGCUCUAUGGAGAGCGUAUCGGCUGCCUACAUGUUGUCCAUGCAGGAGUGGAGGGGUCCGUCGAGAAGAACAAGGCGCUUUCUGCUGCUAUGGUGAGUGGAAUGACUCUCCAGAUCCGUAAGACGUGGUCCAUGUCUGCGAUCCACGGGGCCUAUAUCGUCCAAGUCAUCGUUCACGACAAGCGCCUUCUGCAGAUGUUUUAUGACAAUGUCAAGGAGAUGAGUGCUCGCAUUCACCGAAUGCGUAGUCUCCUGCAUGCCUCCCUUGCGAAGCGCAAGACUCCAGGCCCCGGUUCCAAAGGGACCUGGGACCAUAUACUGACAGCCAUCGGCAUGUUCACUUUCACCGGGCUCACCCCAGAGCACGUUGAUUAUCUGAAGGAGAAGUGGAGUAUCUAUCUUGUGAAGGCAGGGGGACGCAUGAGUAUGUGCGGGCUCACUGAGUCUAAUUGUGACUAUGUGGCUGAGGCGAUUCACGACGCCGUCACGAAGCUCCCGUUCAAGAAAUGA